AUGCGAGGGCGGGAACGUAUCUGUGAAGCUCUGAAGCUUCUCUCCGUCCUUCUUUGUUUGUUUGUUGGUUUGUUUCUUUCUUUCUUUCUUUCUUUCUUUCUUUCUUUCUUUCUUUCUUUCUUUCUUAAUCUAAUUCUUCCGUCUUUCUUUCUUUCUUUCUUUCUUUCUUUCUUUCUUAAUCUCAUGCUUCCACCCAUACUUCUAUCUUUAUUUUCUUGUUUUCCACCCUUCUUUCUAUCAUGCUUCUGUCCAUCUUUCUUUCUUUCUUUCUUUCUUUCUUUCUUUCUUUCUUUCUUUCUUUCUUUCUUAAUUUCAUGCUUCCGCUUUUCUUUCUUUCUUUCCCUCGUGCUUCACGCAUUCUUUUUUCUUUCUUUUUCUUUCUUUUUUAAUUUUUCUUUCGUUCUUUCUUUUUUUUAUCUCAUGCUUCCGCCCGUCUUUUGUUCUUUCUUUUGUCUUAAUCUCUUUUGUCUUCUUUCUUUCUUUCUUUCUUUCUUUCUUUCUUUCUUUCUUUCUUUCUUUCUUUCUUUCUUUAACACAUGCUUCUCUCCGUCUUCCUUAAACCCAUGCUUUUCUUCUUUACAUAUCUUUAUAUCAUGUAUCUGCUCAUAUUUCUUUCUUUUUUUCCUUUCUUUCUUUCUUUCUUUCUUUCUUUCUUUCUUUCUUUCUUUCUUUCUUUCUUUCUAA